UGCCUUUCUGCUGAGCUAUGGGGCGGGACAACGCAGAAGUGGUGGUCGUAGCUAUUUAUGGGUAGAUUAAAGAUUUGCCUCCGUAUGGAUUAAUUUUAACACCAGAAAAGUUUCCAUUGAACGAAGAAUACGUUUACCAGCUACCAAACAUUUGGAAAAUUCUCGACUUGGCUUCAAGUUUAACAGUCCCGGAGACCCUACCCAGCAAAGUAAAGAAACGUGACAUGCCACAUCAGUGAUGGAGACCAUGGCUGUGAGCACGUCUGUGGUGGGGCCUGAUGAGUUUGACCGCAACGCGCCGCGGAUCUGUGGCGUCUGUGGAGACAAGGCCACAGGCUUCCACUUCAACGCCAUGACCUGUGAGGGCUGCAAAGGCUUCUUCAGACGCAGCAUGAAGCGUAAGGCCAGUUUCACCUGCCCCUUCAACGGCAGCUGCACCAUCACCAAGGACAACCGGCGACACUGCCAGGCCUGCCGGCUCAAACGCUGCGUGGACAUCGGCAUGAUGAAGGAGUUCAUCCUGACAGAUGAGGAGGUGCAGAGGAAGAAGGACCUGAUCCAGAAGAGGAAGGAGGAAGAGGCGGCGCGGGAGGCCUUGAGACCUAGGCUGAACGACGAGCAGAGCCAGGUCAUCGCCUCAUUGGUGGAGGCCCACCACAAGACCUAUGAUGACUCCUACUCUGACUUCUCACGCUUCAGGCCCCCAGUGCGAGAGGGCCCAGUAACACGCAGUGCCAGUCGUGCAGCCUCCCUUCACUCUCUGUCAGAUGCCUCCUCAGACUCCUUCAACCACUCACCAGAGUCUGUGGACACCAAGCUGAUGAAUUUCAGCAGUCUGUUAAUGAUGUACCAGGACAGUGCAGGCAGCCCAGACUCCAGUGAGGACGAUGGCUCCAAGCUCUCUAUGCUGCCCCACCUGGCUGACCUGGUCAGCUACAGCAUCCAGAAGGUCAUCGGCUUCGCUAAGAUGAUUCCUGGCUUCAGAGGGCUGACUGCUGAGGACCAGAUCGCCCUGCUGAAAUCCAGUGCCAUCGAGAUCAUCAUGCUGCGUUCCAACCAGUCCUUCAACCUAGAGGACAUGUCCUGGAGCUGUGGUGGUGGUCCUGACUUCAAGUAUUGCGUCAACGACGUCACCAAGGCGGGUCACACUCUGGACCUGUUGGAGCCACUGGUGAAGUUCCAGGUGGGCCUGAAGAAACUCAAGCUCCAUGAGGAGGAACACGUGCUGCUCAUGGCCAUCUGCCUGCUGUCUCCAGAUCGACCUGGGGUGCAGGAUCACGCUAAGAUCGAGGUUCUCCAGGACCGUCUGUCGGAGGUGCUCCAGGCCUACAUCAGAGUGAACCACCCAGGAGGGCGGCUGCUCUACGCCAGGAUGAUCCAGAAGCUGGCCGACCUGCGCAGCCUCAACGAGGAGCACUCCAAGCAGUACCGCUCGCUGUCCUUCCAGCCAGAGCACAGCAUGCAGCUCACCCCACUGGUGCUGGAGGUGUUUGGGAGCGAGGUGUCAUAGCAGCCCCUCUGACCCCUCCCCAUGAGGGACCCCCAAGAUGGCGUUGAGUUGCUGGAUUGAGGGUUCAGCGAUGGAAGGGUAUCUGAGGGGGGAUAGCCGAAUGGACCUGACAGUGUCACUGUCAUAGAAGGUUUUGGGGGGGGGUUAAUUAGGGGAUUAUGGGUAAAGAGAGUGAGGGGCUUUGAUAAGGUUGGAAUUUCCCAUUGAUAAGAAAAAGGGAAUUUCAAACAGAAUGUAUUUAUAAAUAUAUAUACAUACAUACAUAAGCUAAUAUCUAUAUUUAAAAAAAGGUUGUUUCGAUUAAAACAAAUGGAUGAGUAAUCUAAUGUAUAUUAUAGGAUAUGUAGGCCCUAUUUGUGUGCAUAUGAAUGUGUGUAUGUGUUGACAUGGUGUUUCAAAUGUAAAAAAUGUAAUGCAUGCAUACAAGCAUACACGCACAGACACACCCCGAGUAGAGUGUGAGGGGCCUUCUAUUUUUGAUGUUUGUAUAUUGAAUGACCACAAGAGGGUGUUGUGCACAGGCUCUGACUGAGUGUUUAGUAGUGGUACUAACAUCUGUGUUUCAGUGACAGUUAAUGGAUUGGUUAAAGUGUAGGCUACAUGGGAUAUUAUGUGUGGGAAACUAUUUGGAUCUGUUGCCCCUUCAAAAUAUAUACAUUUGCCACUCAAGAAGCUCUUGCCUUCAUAAGAGGAAAGAGCAACAUGUUUUUAGUUCAUUUUCAUUAUGGAUUAUUAGCUAGCUAAAAUAACAUGAGCUAAUCUGACUUAGUAAGGUGGCCAACGGCCAUGCCUCAAGGAGAAGUUUGCCGUUACUAAAUACAUAUGUACAGUUGAAGUCGGAAGUUUACAUACACCUUAGCCAAAUACAUUUAACUCAGUUUUUCACAAUCCCAGUAAAAAGUCCCGGUUUUAGGUCAGUUAGGAUCACCACUUUAUUUUAAGAAUGUGAAAUGUAAGAGAAUGAUUUCUUUCAGCUUUUAUUUCUUUCAUCACAUUCCCAGUGGGUCAGAAGUUAUAUACUCAAUUAGUAUUUGGUAGCAUUGCUUUUAAAUUGUUUAACUUGGGUCAAACGUUUUGGGUAGCUUUCCACAAGCUUCCCACAAUAAGUUGGGUGUAUUUUGGCCCAUUCCUCCUGACAGCUGGUGUAAAUGAGUCAGGUUUGUAGGCCUCCUUGCUCUCACACGCUUUUUCAGUUCUGCCCACACAUUUUCUAUAGGAUUGAGGUCAGGGCUUUGCGAUGGCCACUCCAAUACCUUGACUUUGUUGUCCUUAAGCCAUUUUGCCACAACUUUGGAAGUAUGCUUGGGGUCAUUGUCCAUUUGGAAGACCCAUUUGCGACCAAGCUUUAACUUCCUAACUGAUGUCUUGAGAUGUUGCUUCAAUAUAUCCACGUAAUUUUCCAUCUUCAUGAUGCCAUCUAUUUAGUGAAGUGCACCAGUCCCUCCUGCAGCAAAGCACCCCCACAACAUGAUGCUGCCACCCCCGUGCUUCACGGUUGGGAUGGUAUUCUUCGGCUUGCAAGCCUCCCCCUUUUUCUCCAAACAUAACAAUGGUCAUUAUGUCCAGACAGUUCUAUUUUUGUUUCAUCAUACCAGAGGAUAUUUCUAAAAAGUACGAUCUUUGUCCCCAUGUGCAGUUGCAAACUGUAGUCUGGCUUUUUUUAUGGCAGUUUUGGAGCAGUGGCUUCUCCCUUGCUGAGCGGCCUUUCAGGUUAUGUCGAUAUAGGCCUCGUUUUACUAUGGAUAUAGUUACUUUUGUACCUGUUUCCUCCAGCAUCUUCACAAGGUCCUUUGCUGUUGUUCUGGGAUUGAUUUGCACUUUACGCACCAAAGUACGUUAAUCUCUAGGAGACUGAAGGCGUCUCCUUCCUGAGCGGUAUGAUGGCUGCAUGGUCCCAUGGUGUUCAUACUUGCGUACUAUUGUUUGUACAGAUGAACGUGGUACCUUCAGGCAUUUGGAAAUUUCUCCCAAAUAUGAACCAGACUUGUGGAGGUCUACAAUUCUUUUCUGAGGUCUUGGCUAAUUUCUUUAGAUUUUUCCCAUGAUGUCAAGCAAAGAGGCACUGAGUUUGAAGGUAGGCCUUGAAAUACAUCCACAGGUACACCUCCAAUUGACUCAAAUGAUGUCAAUUAGCCCAUCAGAAGCUUCUAAAGCCAUGACAUAAUUUUCUCUUUAAAGGCAUAGUCAACUUAGUGUAUGUAAACUUCUGACCCACUGGAAUUGUGAUGCAGUGAAUUAUAAGUAAAAUAAUCUGUCUGUAAACAAUUGUUGGAAAAAUGACUUGUCAUGCACAAAGUAGAUGUCCUAACAGACUUGCCAGAACUAUAGUUUAAAAAGAAAUUUGUGGAGUGGUUGAAAAAGAGUUUUCAUGACUCCAACCUAAGUGUAUGUAAACUUCCCACUUCAACUGUGUGCAAGCCUACAAAAAAAAACAGUUGUCCUCUUUAGUCAAACCUGUCUCAUGACUGUAGUAAUUACUCAAACUUUUUAAUCUAAUCUGAAGAUGCUUUUACCGCUAGAUCAGAUCAAAUUCUAAUCAUGAAAUGAAAUACAAUCACAUUCACUCCCACCAGUUUGUUUGAGAGCCGUUUGGUUUUGCUUAGUAGGUCGAAGGGUCAGCAUAUCACAGUUGUGUUCUGCAGGUCUGGCUCUCCCUCUUGUGGUCAUUGCCUGUAAAUACCACUCAUUUCUGUACAUAAGGAAGAAGAUGGCAAAUACUAAGAUAAUUCAGUUGAGAAGUAUGCUCUGGAGAUAUAUGCAAAAAUGAGAUGGACUAUUUUCUUAUGUUGUACCUCUCUUUGAGGUCUCAAUAAGCUUUGACAACUAUAUAUCUAUACUUGUUUUGAUGCAAACUCAUUACUUUGGACUGGUUUGAUUUUAAUCAAGAUUGUUUCCUAAAAUCAGCGUUCAUUCAGCUGCGUCAAGACCUUCUCACAUACCAAGGAGACGUUCUGACUCAACCUGCUGCUCUGUAAAGCUGCUCUGUAAAGCUGCUCUGUAAAGCUACCACACCAUUGGAACCAGGAAAAAGACAACAAUCAUGCGCUUUACUACUAACACUGCCUCAACUCAAACUGACAAGGAUACAGGCCAAUCAAUCAGUCACCGUAGCGACGGGCAUGCCUCUCUUCAACAAGCCAACCAACGCCUCUUUUUCUGCAAUAGAACAGCAGCCAGCCUCGCAGGACUCUUCAUAGCUUUAACGCGACCGCAGCCAUUCAGGCCCAACUCGAUGGUUGUAGUGCACCAAGGGCUGAUGGGACUGAAUUCGUGUGUAGUGGCUUUGAAUAUGUCACUCUGAUUGAUAGGUGACGUCCCUUACCUAGGAAGUGACUGACACUGAACUGAUCUAGCGAGGAGCACUUGGGGAGUUGGACUCGGGAGUGAACCCUGAGACUGUAUAGCAAAUUUAAAGAUGAAUUUUAGAAUAAGAAUCAUAGAAUACCGGUGUGCAGAGCGUAUAUUAAUAUGUCCUCCUCCCGGCCCAAAGUGGUUUUCUCACACUGCAGCCCUUGUCCAGACCCCAUUGUGUGUAAGCCAGGUCAUGUGGAGACAGCUGGCUUUUUUUUAACCUAUCACGUAUGCAUAAACCAAUGUAAAGGAAUGUAGGGAAGAUGGGGUCAGGGGCUCUAAUGGGAGGAACUCCUCCAAGAGCUAUCUGCCUGCUGCCAAGCUGGCUCAGAAAGACACACCCCAAAAACUGCACCCCUCUCUCCCGACGCAGGUCAGCAACUUCACCUCGGUAGCCUUACAAAACUCUCAGUUCAACAUUUAACAGAUACCUCAUUGAAACUGAAAACGUUCAUAAUAGCAUAGAAGGGAACCAAACGUAACACAGUGACACACACACACACAUAUGCAUACAUCCACACACACGCCAUGACUUUCUCUUCGGCAACCUCUGCAGUGUUCUGUUUUUCGUCAAGUUCUUUGUUUGAAGUGAAACUGCCAAGAGAGAUGCGUUGCAGACCCAGUAUAGAGGGAUCCCAUUGUUUUCACACACAGGGUGUCGGUCUGUUUUUCUUUAUCACAGCAAGACAAUCAUGUGUACAAGAGGCAGGCUGCAACAUUUCACACAGAAAACUAUGAGUCAUAGUGCGUCUGACUCCAUGGUUCCCGCUGCCACUGUGUCCAGUCCUGCUCAGUAUUGUUAUUGAGAGGAAUAGGUGAUGCUGAGGAAUGACUAAUAAUAUGUAUGUCAUGCAGUCACCACAGCUGAUUUGAGGCAGUGUCUCUGUGAUCAGUGCCUUGUCAGGUUUACCGACAUGAAAUAACCUGACUUGGCAAAAAUAUUACAUAGAAGUAAAAAAUGUCUUGUUUCAGUGUAAUAUUAAGCUCUGUAAAUGGUUGCAGACAGAUCCCUGAUGAGGCACUGCUCACAGCGGCCCAGCAUACGUUUUUGGUGGCUCUGUUGUAUUCCUCUGGUGACGUGUGAAGCCAGCAGAAUUCUGAAUAGAGUUGCAAAAAACUUUUAUUGAAAGUUCCUGGAAUUUUGCAACCCUAAUCCUGAAUCCCAGUUCGAGUUGAUUGUAUACAGAGUUGUGCCGCCAGGCGCUGUGUUAACCAAAACAAACUACCUCUCCCACCCGCACAUGUAUUUUUGGCAUGAUUGUUUCAUCUAUUUUAACACUAAUUCAUUUUAUUUAUUCCUUUUACUUCUCAAAUGCUGGAUGAUUUACCUCAACACAUCUCAAAAUAAGCCUACAGAUCAAGAGGGGGCUGUCGCCACUCCACGUCUCUUAGUGUUGGGGGGGGGGUUGAAAUGGCUCCUCUUUUUAUUAAGUGUCGCCUUCAAUGCAUUGAUGCUAACAACUUGGUUUGGACAGCUUGUAGCUGGGAUAUUAUGACAUUGCUUCCUCAAUCUCGAGGCCUCAGUUAGCGUCAGUUAGCAAUCAUACACAGUUAGUAGGUGUAUGAUGUAGUGUCAAGAUUUAUGAAAGGUUUUAUGAAAUGGUUAUGUUGGGAUCCUGUCUUGAUGUUUUAGUUGUCUCUGUCUUGUGUCUUUGCCAUUGCUUGCUCAGGCUGCUCUCAGCAAAGUGUUCUACUGCACCUCUUACUCAUAGCUCAUCGCUCUGGAAUCCAGGUCUUUAAAGUAACACGCUGACGUACAGGACACAGCCCUAUGGUGGCACAGUGCUUUACCAACAAAGCAUGCUGUUUAAAUGUUUCUGUAAAGGACUCAAGGAAGAUGUGUGUGGGUAUAAUCAUACUUUCAACCCCCCCUUCCUAUGUCUUUAUUUUCUUCUUGAAAGGCAAAGUUUUUAUUUGGCUCGAGAGCGAUGAGAAAAUAUAUGAUGGAAAUUGUAUAUCUCUGAGGAGGAAAGCCUCUUUUAGUCUGUAGUCAUAUUGGUCACUUUUGGAAUCUUUUUGUUUUUCUGUGAUCAUUAUCUUCUACCUCUUAAUAUGCGCUUGCUUACACACAUGUCACAAACAAACACAGAACUACAAUAUGUCCACACUUUCACCAGCAGUUUUUGCCAAUGAUAUACUCAUGUUUCUGUCUCUGUGCUCUGACUUACGUCUGAAUUCUAUUACUGAUGAUCACUAUAGCAAAUCUGUAAUGAUUUAGGCAUUGCAGGGUCAUUUAACAGUUUGUCUUUUAACAUUGAAUGCACAUUUUAGCUCCGUUACCUUGGUGUGCCUAGAACCCAGAGCCUUAUUUUAGGACAAUAUCAGGGGUUUAAUGAAACCAAUUACUUUUUUCCCCCCUGUUUUAAGACCUAGUUCAAGUGGCUUUUCACAACUACAUUCCUUUUAUUGUCAAAUCAAUCUUUAGUGGUUUCGAGAAUAACCAUCGGCUCACCCCUUCUGGGAAGCACAUGUCAAAUGAUGAUCCACCGGACGUAAAUAUGCUUCACUUCUUUAAAGCUAUCGGGCUCUCUUUAGACAGAUCCCUUAAAACAUAGGUGAUGCUUUAGGGACGUACAUAACAUGUAUAUAGACACCAUGUCACACCUGACCGUUUUUAUUUAAUACUAUAGACCAUCAUAGUGCAUUGCUCUGCAGAGAGGAUGUGGUUCAGUAUAUUUGUGUGAAAUAUAACAAAUGGCCAUUCUUCCUCAUAUUUAUGUUAAGUGCCAUGCUAUGCUAACGUAGUUGUUAUUAGAGCCUAUGUAUACUUCUGCCAAAUACAGUUGGUACGCUGUAUGUGGCGAAAGUGUCACUGGAAUGGAAGGCUGUGUGAACUGUUCUGAAUCUUUACUCCUAUUGGAUGCCAGUAAAUAGGUGUUAGCAAGCACUAGUGGUCGAGUUCUCCUUUUGUAUGUUUGUUUCUAAUCCUAACCGUUUUCCUUGAUGCGUUCUCAAAGGACAAUAUGUUACUAUUGAGUUUAUGAAGUAGCAUCUGAAUUGAUCUUGUGAAAACAAUGCAACAUAAACUGGUAAAGUCUUGGACUAGUUGGACGUGGAAUUUUGUUGACUGUGACUUCUGCUAACCAUACCAUUUCUCAUUAGUAAUCAAUCAUUGUAAUUGAUCUCAAAGUCCCAAGAUAAGUACUUUUAUACAUGCACACCAUGUAAUUCUCAAGACUCGAUGCUUCAAACUGUCUUUCAACAUAGCCUUGUCAUUGAUCUAAUUGAUAGUAUUAUCAUUGUCUUUGUUCAAUCACCGCCCGUUCUGUAUCUUUUACGUUUCUUUUAUUCUUAAGUUGAUCCAUUGUACAUUGAUUUAUGUGCAUUGUAUGUAGUAUAUAAUGUUUUGGAAAAUCACAAAUAAACCGCUGUACAUAAUAAUGCAAA